CCGGCACCCCGACCCCGGCAUCCUGACCCCAGCACCGCCGGCACCCCCCGGCACCCCCGCACCCGCGGAGCCCCGGAGCACGGCCGCUGGGCGCCAUGGCCGCGUGCCCCCGCUGACGCCGCCCCCGCCACCUCGGGGUGCUCCCAGCCAUCGUCCCCCCACCACCGCGCCAUGGGUGACUCCUACACCGCCGCCUUCCCCAGCGCCCCGGGGCUGCUCUCGCCCUCGGCCAGCCCCCAGGCAUCGCCCAGCCCCUGGCCCGACUACGGCCCCUUCGGCCACCCCUUCCCGGCACCCACGGGUGCCCAAGAGGUGCUGGGUGCCCCCGUGGUGGUGACGGCCAAGGGACACCCACCAGGCGACUGCCUGCCAGGCGUCUACCCCUCGCUGGAGAUGCCGCAUCCCUACGGCUCCUGGUACAAGGGUGGCAUUGGUGGGGUGCCGGGGGGCUCGGGGCCGGCAGCACCCUCUUGGUGGGACGUGCACCCUAACGGGGGCUGGCUGGGGGGGCCGGCGGGCGCCGAGGGGCUGCAGGGCUCGCUGCAGGGCCAGCCCACCCUCAGCCCCCCGCUUCCCACUUACGGCUCCGAUUUCGGGGCUCUCAACCCCCCCCCUUACACCAGCAACCCCGCUGCACCCCCCACCCCUAAAACCAACCCGGGCGAAACCCCGAAGGGACCCCGCGGCGGUUCGUUAGGGGGGCGUCCGGCCUGCGAUUGUCCUAAUUGCCAAGAGCUGGAGCGUCUGGGGGGGCGCGGGUCCCGAAGGAAGCCGGUGCACAGCUGCCACAUCCCGGGCUGCGGGAAGGUGUACGGGAAGGCCUCGCACCUGAAAGCCCACCUGCGCUGGCACACGGGCGAGCGCCCCUUCGUCUGCAACUGGCUCUUCUGCGGGAAGCGCUUCACCCGCUCCGACGAGCUGGAGCGGCACGUCCGCACCCACACGCGGGAGAAGAAGUUCACCUGUCUCCUCUGCAGCAAGCGCUUCACCCGCAGCGACCACCUCAGCAAGCACCAGAAGACCCACGCGGAAAGCGGCACCCCCAAACCCCCCCCCGGCACCGGCGGGGAGCAGCCCCCCGCUUCCCCCCGGCAGCCGCCGGCCUCUCCGGAAGACGCCGGCAGUCCCGAGGCCGGCAGCUUGUUGGAGAUUUGAGCCUUCGUCCGUCAUCCUCAUCCUCCUGUGUGCUGCCGGGGAUAUUUAUUACGGGGUGUUGCCCCCCCCCCGCCCCCCCCCAAACCCCGCAUUCCCCUCUCGGGGCUGGCGGCAGCUCCUUG